CCGUCCGCGGUCCAGCUCUCUGGGCCGGCGCUGGGAAGCCGCUGGGACGCCGUACACACGCCAGCGCCGCGCGUCCUGACGCGCUACGUCGCCGGCGCCGCCGCUUCGCGUAAUGACUUCCGGGCGCCGGGGCCGCCAUCUUGCUCGCGCGGAAGCGGCGCGGCUGGGUGGGAGUCCCGAAGCGGGAGUCGCGGACCGUGCGGCCACCGCCAUGCCGUCAUCGCCGCUGCGGGUGGCGGUGGUGUGCUCGAGCAACCAGAACCGGAGCAUGGAGGCGCACAACAUCCUCAGCAAACGAGGAUUCAGCGUCCGGUCCUUUGGAACAGGAACUCACGUGAAGCUUCCAGGACCAGCACCCGACAAGCCAAACGUUUAUGAUUUCAAAACCACAUAUGACCAGAUGUACAACGAUCUCCUUAGGAAAGACAAAGAACUCUACACGCAGAAUGGCAUUUUACACAUGCUGGACAGAAAUAAGAGGAUCAAGCCCCGGCCAGAAAGGUUCCAGAACUGCAAAGAUCUGUUUGAUCUGAUCCUCACCUGUGAAGAGCGGGUGUACGACCAGGUGGUGGAAGAUCUGAAUUCUAGGGAGCAGGAGACCUGCCAGCCUGUGCAUGUGAUCAACGUGGACAUCCAGGACAACCACGAGGAGGCCACCCUGGGGGCGUUCCUCAUCUGUGAGCUCUGCCAGUGCAUCCAGCACACGGAGGACAUGGAGAACGAGAUCGACGAGCUGCUGCAGGAGUUCGAGGAGAAGAGCGGCAGGGCCUUCCUGCACACCGUCUGCUUCUACUGA